AUGGCGGGGAGUCGAGCGUGUCACCGAUCGGCUGGAAAGCCCGAGUUGGAUGAUCGCUCCUACCGUGUGAUUCGGCUGCCCAACAAACUGGAGGCUUUGCUGGUCCAUGAUCCAGAUACGGACAAGGCGAGUGCCUCCGCCAACGUCAAUGUGGGCAACUUCUCGGACGAUGAUAGCAUGCCGGGCAUGGCGCAUGCUGUAGAGCAUCUCCUGUUCAUGGGAACGGAGAAAUACCCCAAAGAGAACGCGUACAAUCAGUAUCUCGCAUCUCAUUCCGGCUCGUCGAAUGCGUAUACUGGUGCUACGGAGACGAAUUAUUUCUUCGAAGUUGCUGCGACUGCGGAGGCUAGCGACCAAGGAUCAAAUGGGCAGUUGACGCCUACGGAGUCUGUCAGUGGAAGCAACACUGGCGUGUCGAGCAGUGCCUCGUCAUCGUCAGGCAACUCGGUCUCGCCGCUGUACGGCGCACUGGACCGCUUCGCCCAAUUUUUUGUCUCCCCUCUGUUCUUGGAAUCGACAUUGGACCGUGAAUUGAGAGCGGUGGAUUCGGAGAACAAGAAGAAUCUGCAGAGCGAUGUCUGGCGCCUUAUGCAGCUCAACAAGACCCUUUCUAAUCCCCGCCAUCCUUACCAUCACUUCUCAACCGGUAACCUGCAGACCUUGAGAGACGAGCCGCAGAAACGCGGCAUUGAUGUCCGGAGCGAGUUCAUCAAAUUCUACGAGAAACAUUACUCGGCAAACCGCAUGAAGUUGGUGGUCUUGGGGCGGGAAUCGCUGGAUGAGCUGGAGCGAUGGGUGGUCGAACUGUUCUCGGAGGUGAAAAACAAGGAUCUUCCUCAAAAUCGGUGGGACGAUGUCCAGCCCUUCUCUCCCGACAGCUUGUGCACGCAGGUCUUCGCGAAGCCCGUCAUGGAUUCGCGAUCGAUGGACAUUUAUUUCCCGUUCCUCGACGAGGAAAACUUGUACGAAUCGCAUCCCAGUCGGUACAUAAGCCAUCUGAUCGGACACGAAGGCCCGGGCAGCAUCCUGGCGUAUAUCAAGGCAAAGGGCUGGGCAAACGGGCUGUCUGCUGGUGCCAUGCCCAUCUGCCCCGGCUCUGCGUUCUUCACCAUUUCCGUUCGUCUGACCGAGGAUGGGUUGCAGCAGUACCGUGAAGUGGUCAAGGUGAUUUUCCAGUAUAUCGCCAUGAUCAAGGAGCGGCCACCCGAACAGUGGAUCUUUGACGAGAUGAAGACUCUGGCCGAAGUCGAUUUCCGGUUCAAGCAGAAAUCCCCUGCUUCUCGGUUUACGAGCCGUCUGAGCAGCGUUAUGCAGAAGCCUCUCCCCCGAGAGUGGUUGCUGAGUGGCAAUGAUUUGUUACGAAAAUUCGACCCAGAAGCAAUCAAGAAUGCUCUGUCAUACCUUCGUGCCGACAAUUUCCGGCUCAUGAUAGUAUCCCAAAACUUCCCUGGAAACUGGGACUCCAAAGAGAAGUGGUAUGGAACCGAAUAUAAGGUUGAAAAGAUUCCCGAGGACUUCCUAUCAGACAUUCGCGACGCUUUGGCAACCUCUCCCGAGUCACGCAUUCCUGAUCUGCAUAUGCCACACAAGAACGAGUUCAUUCCAACGAGACUGUCUGUUGAGAAGAAGGAAGUCCCGCAGCCCGCCAAGACGCCGAAACUCAUCCGCCAUGACGACCAUGUCCGCCUCUGGUUCAAAAAGGACGAUCGCUUCUGGGUCCCCAAGGCGACGGUCCAUGUCACCCUGCGGAAUCCGCUGGUCUGGGCCACGCCAGCCAACCAUGUGAAAGCGAAGCUCUACUGUGAACUUGUGCGAGAUGCCUUGGUUGAGUACUCCUACGACGCCGAGCUUGCCGGUUUGGACUACAAUCUCUCGGCGAGCGUCUUUGGCUUGGAUGUGUCCGUAGGCGGAUACAACGACAAGAUGUCGGUGCUUCUGGAAAAGGUGCUGACCACGAUGCGUGAUCUGGUGAUCAGUCCGGAUCGCUUCAAGAUCAUCAAAGAGCGCCUGACUAGAGCGUACCGUAAUGCGGAGUACCAGCAGCCCUACUACCAAGUCGGGGAUCUGACACGAUAUCUGACUGCGGAGAAGACAUGGAUCAACGAGCAGUAUGCUGCGGAACUGGAGCAUAUCGAGGCAGAGGAUGUUUCCGCGUUCUUCCCUCAGCUUCUGCAGCAAAAUCACAUUGAAAUUCUGGCCCAUGGAAAUCUGUACAAGGAGGAUGCCCUGAUGAUGACGGAUAUCGUCGAGUCCGUGUUCCGCAGUCGUCCUCUCCCACAGUCCCAGUGGCAUGUGCGGCGAAACGUCAUCUUCCCGCCUGGGAGCAAUUACAUUUACGAGCGGACGUUGAAAGACCCCGAAAACGUCAACAACUGCAUUGAAUACUAUCUCUUCCUUGGAAAUAUCACGGACAAUGUGCUUCGUGCGAAGCUUUUAUUGUUUGCACAGAUGACUGAGGAACCUGCAUUUGACCAGCUCCGGAGCAAAGAACAGCUGGGAUACGUUGUCUGGAGCGGUGCGCGAUAUUCUGCCACCACGACGGGUUACCGCGUCAUUAUCCAGAGCGAGCGAACUGCGGACUAUCUGGAAGCUCGUAUCGAUGCAUUCCUGAGUGCCUUUGGCGAGACACUGCAAACCAUGACCGAGGAAGAGUUCGAGGGCCACAAGCGCAGUAUCAUUAACAAGAGAUUGGAAAAACUGAAGAAUUUGGGUUCCGAGACCUCUCGGUUCUGGUCGCAUAUAGGCUCAGAGUACUUUGACUUUGUGCAGCAUGAGAUAGACGCUGCGACAAUCAGGACCUUGACCAAGCCGGAGCUCAUCGAGUUCUACCGGCAAUACAUCGAUCCUGCAUCUCCGACCCGUGCCAAGAUUUCCAUUCAUUUGAAUGCACAGUCCGGCGAUCCUGCUAAGAAGCCACUGGAUCCUGCAGACCAGAGAUCUACGCUCUUAUCUGCUCUGGAAGGGAUUUUCAAUUCUGAGGCCAUUGCAAUGGACACGGAGAAGCUAGCAGCUACCAUCAAACAGGUUGAUUUAUCUGCCAGCGACCACGACAAUGUCUUAGCCGCUGUCCGGCCUCUACUCGUCUCUGACCUACAGCUCCCUGACGAUCGGGUGCAGCCUCUCCUUGAGCGAAUCAGGCACACUCUGGAAUCGCACUCGAAGCGACAGGGCUUGGCUGAAGUAAAGGCCGAGGGCGCGGCUAGCAAACACCGCCAGAAGAUCAACGGUGUCAAUGGUGUUGGCCAGAAACAGCCAAUCUAUAUCACCAAUGUCGCUGAAUUCAAGGCCCGUCUGCCUGUGAGCGCUGGGCCUUCGCCAGUAACCGAUCUCAGUGAGUUCGAGGACUUUGAGCCGAAAUUGUGA